AUGGUCUCUGGGGAGCCAGCAGCAUCCAGGGACAAGGAUGGUAGUGAUGCUAAGGCUGCUGGGCAGUUCCAGACAGAUGGCUGCCAUCCAGGGGCUGGGGACACUCGGAGGCAUCAGAGGGGACGUGCAGAACACCGUAGACACACCAUCACCAAUGGCAUGGACUUCAGCAUGCUGAAGCACAUGAAAGAGCUGGAACAGGAGAAGGAUUUCCUGCUGCAGGGUCUGGAGCUCAUAGAGCAUGCCCGGGAGUGGUACCAACAGCACAUCCAGUUCAUGCAGGAGCGCCAGAGGCUCCUGGGGAGAAACAAAACCAGUGCUGAAUUCCUCUCUGAGGGUGGCCAGAGCCACGUGGGGUGCCUGGUCCCCAAGCUGCAGGAGGUGAACCGCUGCCUGGGUGACCUCCUUUCCACCGCCAGCAAGGAGGUGACCGACAAGAGCGAACGCAUCACCCAGUUGGAGCAGGAGAAAUCUGCCCUGAUCAAGCAGCUCUUUGAGGCUCAUGCCCGCAAUAACCAUGAAACAAACCAGCUGGACUCCACCUUCAUCUAG